AUGUCUCGAGUUGCGGCCCAUAGGCUGCUUGCAGCACCGCAGGGCCUCCGCGCCGCGGCCUUUGCACAUGCUGCGAACCGCUCCUUCUACCUCCAGGCGCGACAGUCGAGCUCCCUUCCUACGGUUGCGCAGCUCGAUUUUUGGAAGGGCCUCAUCCCCAAGCCGUUCAGGGCUGAAGAGAAGCUCACCGACGAUCCCAUGAUUAAGCGAGUCAAGCCAAAGAGGAAGAAGGAGUGGAAUCCGGCCACGUUCUACAUUGUCAUUUUCCUCUUGAUCGGUUCCAUGUCCAUCAACAUGCUGUCGACGAAGCAAGCGUUCGAGGCGUUCUCGCGACAGGCAGACGUGCGCAUUAGCGUUUUGCGCGAGGUGGUUGAAAAGCUGCAGAGGGGCGAGAAGGUUGAUGUGGAAAAGGCGUUGGGUACGGGCGACCCUCAGAAAGAAUUAGACUGGGAGGAAAUGCUGAGAGAGAUUGAACGAGAAGACGUGUCACGACAGAAGAAGCAGGAAAAAUCGCGGCAGGCGGAGACCGCGGCAAAGAGCCAGGCCGAAGCAGCUGUGGUGGUGCAUGAAGCCGCAGGGCCACCGGCGCGAGGCAUGUCGAGCUUUUUCUAG